AAUUUAUUUGUUUGACCAUCAUUCGAUCAGACCUUCGUGUGCUUGACCGUCAUUCACUGGUGAUCUCAACUGGUUUAUCAUUAUAUAUUGCUGAUACUAUGGACAGAUGUGAAGAAAAUAAACGGAAUGGCAAGCGCACUUAUGCUGCAAUAGCUUGGGGUUUUAUCCAGAAGGAGGAGAAUAGGUUCAAGUGCAGGAUAGACAUUUACGGGACUUGCCACUACUCUCAGGAAACAUACGACGUUGGAAAUUUUAUACGACAUUUCCGGACCGUGCAUCCAGAAGCUGCGUUUAAGAAUGGUCUUACCAAAGAAUUGGAACCAGUAUCGAAGAAGCGGAUAAUAGCAAAACGGCUGGUUGCAAUCGACGCUCAACAGUACAUCGGAGGUUGCCUGAAGUUGACCACUGAUCACCACCUACCUUUGCGAUGCUUUGAAUGGGAAGGUCUGAAGAUGUUGCUUGAUCCAAUUUCAGAAGCCCUGGGCGUAUGUGUGAAUCGAAGAAAUAUAAAAACAUUAUUGGCCACAGGAUCAGCUGGAUUGAAAAAUACCAUUAAAGCAGAAAUGGCGGGGAUUUUGUUCUGCUUACGAAUCGACUCUGCCUCUCUCCAUGGUCGCCACAUUCUAGGAAUCGACGCUCAGUUCUCGAUAGGAAAUGAAAUAGUGACACGUACGUUAGGAAUGAUUGAAGUGAAAUCCAGUCAAACCGCAAUUUUUUUGAAAACUAAGGUGCUCGAAGUGUUGAAGCGAUACGAUCUAUCCUUGGAACAAGUAUUGUCAAUAACGUCGGAUAACGGUAAGAACAUGAUUGCCGCCGGAAAACAGCUCCAACUUUUAUAUGCCCAAACGGCGAUGAAAGAUAUGUUUGAUCAUGGAGAGCAAUCAGAAGAAUUUGAUGAAAAAGAGGAGGAACUUCUCGAAAAUAUAACGCAAGAGUUGAGUGAGCAGUUCAACAUAAUACGAUGA